AGGUUAAGCCCCAUUAUUUUUUCGCGCCAAUGAAGAAUCUGAACUUAUCGGUUCGCCCUCGUUUUCGUCUUCUUUUGCAAUACAUGAUAAUCGGUGAUUUUCAAAUCCUACUUACGGAAUACGCAUCCAAUUGCAAUGCAUGGAAAAUGAUCAAGAUCAAGAUCAGUCUAACACAUCCUAUGCUUGUUUGUUUAAAUUUGCUGAAAUUGUAACUAUUCGUGCUUCUGUGAUAUUAUCACCGUUACCAGAACGAAGCAAUGGAAUUGGCCUAUUCGAUUAGUGACGACAACUCUGAAAUCUGUUCCUCUAUUCACAUCAAUGAAACAAUAUUCUGUUCUUCACCGGAAUCCACGGCGGUUGUGUUGGCCAUCCACGACAGCCGGUGGUCAGCAGCACGAGCUCCGGCCGACAUUCCGCUGGACGACAUGUGGUUGUCUGCACUUUCGCUUCGUGGAAAUUCUUGUUGUCGGGGAGUCGGUCAUGGAUGAUUGGCUGUGUAGUGACUGUACAAUCACCGGAGUUCAUUGUAGUCUGAGGAGGCCGAGAUCGAAGUUGUCAUGGAAGAAACCUAACAGACUACGAUGUUUGGAUGAAUAUGGGAGAGAAUUGAAAAUUUUGAUAGUUCAAGGUAUAAAAGAGGGAGCGUGAAAGGCCUUGCUAUUUUCCUUCUCAACUCCAUAGACAUUUCGGCAUUCGCUUGACAUAAGUUUAAUUUGAUCAGACUUCUUAAGAGGCAGCGUGACAAGGGCAUAUUUCAAGAGAAUAGUGUUGGCUGCAAAGAGGGUUGAGUAGACAAUGGAUGAUAGCUUCAACAUUGCUGGGUGUGAAAGGGUUAUGAGAAAUCAUUGCCCUCCUCCUGGGAAGUCCAUCGGUUCAAAGCUUCCUGCUCAUAUCAUUGGUGAUGUUAUCGAGGUAUAUGAGUUUGUGCAGCGUUUCUAUGAUAUAUUAGGUUUUCAGGAGACUCCAUCAUUUUCAUUUAAAGAACUUGAAGAGGAACUUACCUGUUCCGGGGUUGAUCUAAAUGUGACCCAAGAAGUUAAUAACAAAGUAUCAGCACAAGGAUUGGUGAUGUCAAAUGACACACUUCUGUCUGAUAUUCAUAUCAAACUCCUGAAAUUAUUAAUGCAUGAGAUGCAACUACCCAGGAGAAAGAAAGGCACAGGACACCUUAUUUCUGCAAAGGGAUGUCAACUGCAUGUCCUUGUUAACGAGUUAACUUGGCCAGAAAUGGCACGCAGAUAUGUCUUGGGACUCAUGUCCAUUAAGAGGAGCCUUGCCCCUGUUGAGAUCAAGGAAUCGGACAAGUCCAAAGUUUUUCGUUGUUUGCAAGGCGAUGGAAGAGUGCUUUGUGGCUCCAUCACUGGAGUUGAGGGAAUUGAAGAAGAUGUAAAAGUGCUUGUGGAGGCUAUAAAGACAGUUUUUGGUUCUUUUGACACGGAAAAUUAUAUUCAACAUGUACAUAGCGAAAGCUCUGGUACAACAAUUGCUUCUGACAAAGGUAUGCUGAUGGAUGAUGAUGAUUUAGGCUGGUCCCAAGAGCUCGAACCUGUUAGAAAGUUGCGCACCAAUGUGGGGUCCAGAAUCAGGGACUGUAUUCAUAAAGCUUUGGAUAAAAGACCUCCACUAUGGGCCAAAAAAAUGCUUGAUCACUCCAUUAGUAAGGAUGUUUAUAAAGGCAACUCAUCUGCGCCCACAAAGAAUCUUGUGAUUUUGGUUCUUGAUAAGUUGUGCAGCAAAGAUUUGAAUCAACAACCCAACAAGGGGAGAAACAAUAGGAAUUCCCUGUUACAAUCUAAAGUUAUUAUGAGGCGUUGUCACUUUGCACUACGUCGUUCCCUUGCUGACGACAAAAAUAAGGUUUUCUGCAACAUUCUCAGUGGACAGCUUCUUAUGUUUGUUGAAAAUGCUGAAGAAGGAAUCCUUGAAUCUUCAGUUAAGGUGUCACAUCCUCUAGAUUUCAGGACUAUUGAUGUGCGAUUGGAAGCUGGGGCCUAUGGCACAUCUUAUGACGCUUUUCUUGAUGACGUUCGCCAGGUAUGGGCCAACUUGCGCCUUUUGUACGCCAAUAAGCCUGAACUGGUCAAGUUGGCCGAUAAAUUAUCUGAAAAGUUCGAAGGUUAUUAUGAAAAUGAGGUCAAGAGUCUAUUCCAAAAAUAUGGUGAAUAUGUUGAUUCGGAUUACACAAGAUUGAAGAAGGAAAUGGAUGAUAUCCUUACAUCAACAAGGGAACUUCCAAAAUCCCCCUGGAAACAGAACUCGUGCAAAGUAUGUGGUAUUGAUAAGGACAAUAAGUCUGUUCUACUGUGUGAUAGAUGUGAAGCAGGAUAUCACACUUAUUGUCUGGAACCGCCUCUAAAAGGAGUCCCACGAGGAGACUGGUUCUGCCAUCGCUGUGUGAAGACUAGCAAAGAAGGUCCAGAAACAACUGAUGAUGCACUGCUUCCAGCCAACCUUGAGGAUUUAUGCGAUAAUGAUGAUGCACUGCUUCCUGCUAACCUUGGGCAUUUAUGCGAUAAUGAUGAUGCACUGCUUCCUGCCAACCUUGAGGAUUUAUGCGAUAAUGAUGAUGCACUGCUUCCUGCCAACCUUGAGGAUUUAUGCGAUAAUGAUGUCAUUAAGGGACUCGAGCCUUUAGCUGCAAUGACACAAAAGGAAUACUGUGAAUGGGGCUUAGAUGAGAGAGUGUUUCUGCUCAAGUUUCUUUGUGAUGAAGUAUUGAAUUCAUCUGCCAUACGUAAACACCUUGAAAAGUCUAUUGAUCUGCGUAGAGAAUGUUCAGGCGUUGAUUCUUCUGGAAGGUUGUAUUGGAUAUUGUCUGAGCCAUUCUUGACUGUUGAACAGAUUCCCGAGGGAUUCCAAAUGGCAACAAGCUCAAAAGAAGAAAAUUUAAACUAUAAGAGUUCCUUGUCAUUUCCAUGGGUGUCCUAUCAGUCGGAAGACGAAAUAGAAGAAUUGUUGGGAUGGCUUAACGUGCAAGAUGAAAGAGAAAGGCUGCUGAAAGAAUCAAUUCUCAAAUGGAAAAAAUCAGACUUGCACGAUCCUAAGAAUAAUGAAAAUCAAGGAAAAUAUGUGUUGUAUGAAAGAAGAAAUAACUUCUCGGGUAUGAAGGCGACUUCCUUACUAGCUGCCAAAUGUGCUCCACCUUAUGGUUUAAAAACAACUGAAAGUGGCAAUGAAAAAGUGGAGAAGGGUAAGGAGACGAGUUCCUCAGUUACAUGUGAGGAGCAUAAGGAGCAAUUAGAUAUUGAAUUGAAGCCAUUAUUUGGAAAAAAUGAUAUUUUUCUAAGGCAAUUGAAGAUGAAGUUAUUGGAUAUAGAGGCUGCACUCCCCGAGGGUGCUCUGAUCCAAUCAAAGUCUUUGAUGGAGAGAAGAUAUGUAUGGCGCGCGUUUGUUGAAUCUGCUGCUACUAUACUUGAGACAAUCCAAGCAGUAAUAUCAUUGGAAGAUAUGAUAAAGAUUGAGUACUUGAAGAAUUGGUGGUGCUACUGGUCAUCGUUAUGGGCAGCAGUUAAAACGCCUACCAUGUCUGCUCUUGCCCUACGGAUAUAUUCCCUAGACGCAGCCAUCGAGUAUGAGACCAAAUAGUAAGAAGGGAAGGAAGCUAAGGGAUACUAGAGAUUUGAAAUCUCUUUCAAACUUACUGUUAUCAUGUUAUUGGGUAGUGAUUGAAAGUUAUACUAUAUUUUGGAUUGUUAUUGGUUUUGAAUUGGAUUGACUUUAUUUGAACAUGACCUAUCUUAGUUGGCAUAGUAGUUCUCAAUUCAAGUAUCUAC